UGCUAGUACCUAAACAGACUUGACAACUGUACAGACCUACUGCAUUCAAUAGAUUGUCUGUUUUAAUAAGUAAUAGAUAUAAGUAUUAAAAACAUUCCGAAGUGGUAUAAAAUGUCUCAGCCAACACUAAUGCGACUUACUGCUUUGUCUAUUAACGCUGCGAAACGAGCUGGAGCUAUUAUUCGAGAUGUGAUGCAGAAGGGAAAUCUAGGAAUCGUUGAGAAGGGAAAGGACGAUCUACAGACAGAAGCUGAUCGUUCGGCACAACGAUGUAUUAUAGCCUCGUUAUCUCUUGCGUUUCCGACGAUAAAAAUAAUUGGAGAGGAAGGUGGUUCGGAUCUUGACGUCUGUAAGGAUUGGUUAGUCACACAAGGUGAUGAAGAUUUUUUAAACCGGACAUGUCCUGAACAAUGGCUUGAUGUAAAUGAUAAUGAGUUUGUGGUAUGGGUGGAUCCACUCGACGGCACCUCAGAAUAUACGCAAGGAUUUUUGGAUCACGUUACAGUUUUAAUUGGAAUAGCCGUAAGGAAUUCUGCAGUUGCUGGAAUAAUACACCAACCCUACUUUAAGAACCCUGGUGGUGAAUUGGGCCGCACAAUUUGGGGAUUGAAAGGAUUGGGUACAGGUGGUUUUAUUCCGAAUGAACCCCCAAAAGAAACUUUUAUAAUAACUACUACGAGGUCUCAUUCUAAUACUAUUGUGCAGGCAGCUUUAGAAGCACUUUCACCCACGGAAAUUAUUAAAGUCGGUGGAGCCGGUUAUAAAGUAUUGCUGUUAUUGGAAGGAAGAGCCCAUGCCUACGUUUUUGCCAGUCCAGGCUGUAAGAAGUGGGACACAUGUGCUCCUGAAGCUGUUUUGGAAGCACAAGGCGGUAAGCUGACUGAUAUUUUGGGAUACCACUACUCAUACGCUACGGACGUAGAUUACCCAAAUAAAAAAGGAGUUAUAGCCACUGUGAAAAGUGUAUCCCACAGUGAUGUUAUCACAAAACUUAAAAAUCUGAAUAUGUAAAUGAAUUAUUUUAUAUAUUCUUUAGACCAAUUUUGUUUUAAUGAUUUACACUAAAAUAUAAAUCUGCUAUAAUCUCGUGUUGCGCCAUUGUUUCCCAAGAAAACUUGUCAUAGAUAAUAUAUUCUGAAGCAAACAAACACGUCCAUUGAUGUAUCGCACAGCGAUACAACCUUCAUUAUAUGAUAACUAUUGUAUUAUUAAUAAUAAAACUUUUUGUUUGGUUUUGUUGUGCAGUUUGAGAAAGUGUUGCGGGGCUGAAUCUUAAACGAAUAUAUUGGAAAAAAAUAUAGUUACCAAUUUAUGGGCAGUUUUUUAUUGCGGCCAUGUGUCUCUAAAAAAUGUUGUAACAGAUCCUUAAUUUGUAAAAGUUUUUUUGGAAUUCGUUUGGGUGUAACAGUUUGGUAAAUAAAACACUUUAAAUUUUUAA